AUGAUAACCCCACCCGCCAAUGCGCCAUGUCUCACGCACUAUGCCCCACACCUGCCUUACCAUCACCACCAGAACGACGUGCAAGGCUCGGUGGUGGAGUUUGACAGAGCGCUACAGCUGGACCCCUCGCAGGAGCCCUGUGAGUGCCAUGUGUGUGUAUGGGUGCCGUUUGAGGCGCCUCAAAAGUCCAGCCGUGGAGCCAUCUGGUGUUUCUUGAGUGAGGCGCGCAUGGUGGGCCCACAGCAGGCGAGGCAGCAGUUCCUGCUCGUGGGGCAGGACCCGCGGCCAGUCAUGCGCGCUGCCAUGGACGUCUUUCAGACGGGCAGUGACCCUAAGAAGAUCCUGGCAGCGGCGGCGGCUGACUUUGGGCGGCCAUCUGCACUGUUCUACGCGAAUCUCUAUGUUGGGCUGUUUCAUGAGAGCGAGGUGAAUGAGUUCAUAACAGCUGCUGCGAACGCCAACACCACCGGCAGGGCCCUUCAAUUCCCUGUUGCCCCCUUGUGCUUCCACUCGCCCUCCCCUUCCCUCCUCUUUGACCCACCCAAGUCAUCAUCAUGUCCCGCAUUGAUCUGCCUGAAGCUUUUCCCUUGUCUCCUUUUGCAUUGCCUCCUGCUCCUCCCUUUCCUGUCACCACGUUUUCCUCUUCUCUUCUCCACAUCUACCAUUUGA